UUUAAUAAGCUUCCCAAUCAGCUCUCGGGCCAAAGCGCUCUCCCUCCCUCGCCCAGCCUGCGUCCUCUCAGCCCUCCCCUUCUCCGUUUCCCUUCCGUCCCCUCCCAGUCAGGGAGUAAUUGAGUCAAAGGCAGGAUCAGGUUCCCCGCCUUCCAGUCCAAAAAUCCCGCCAAGGGAGCCCCAGAGCGUAGGAAAAUCCAAAGUGGAGAGAGGGGAAGAAAGAAGCCAGAGUCAUCCGUCCAGGAGGAGGCAGAGCGGUAGCCGCCCAGGCGGGAGCAGAGCAAGCCCUACCUGGACUCCGGCCGCGGCAGAGAGACCUCGCCCCGUGCAACAAAGGCAGCCUGCGCGCCCCGAGGACAUCUGCAACUCAAAAAUGCAGUCCCAACAGUACCAGCAGCAGCGUCGAAAAUUUGCAGCUGUCUUCUUGGCAUUCAUUUUCAUUUUGGCCACUGUGGACACUGCUGAGGCAGGGAAGAAGGAGAAACCAGAAAAAAAAGUGAAGAAGUCUGACUGUGGAGAAUGGCAGUGGAGCGUGUGUGUGCCCACCAGCGGGGAUUGUGGGCUGGGCACCCGGGAGGGCACCCGCACUGGAGCCGAGUGCAAGCAGACCAUGAAGACCCAGAGAUGUAAGAUCCCCUGCAACUGGAAAAAGCAAUUUGGAGCCGAGUGCAAGUACCAGUUCCAGGCCUGGGGAGAAUGUGACCUGAAUACGGCCUUGAAGACUAGAACUGGCAGUCUGAAGCGCGCCCUGCACAAUGCUGACUGCCAGAAGACAGUCACCAUCUCCAAGCCCUGUGGCAAGCUGACCAAGCCCAAACCUCAAGCAGAAUCUAAGAAGAAGAAAAAGGAAGGCAAGAAACAGGAGAAGAUGCUGGAUUAGAUGAUCCCACCUUCUGAGGAACAGGAAAAGGACAUCAGCAACCGGAAUCAGUUAACUAUUGCAUUUAUACCUACUGUAGGCUUUUUAUUCAAAAAAUAUCUAUAGCUUAAGUACACAAUAGGCAAAAUGAUGAGGAAAGAAAUUUUUGUAGUAGCAUUUUUUAAAUAUAUACCAUAGUACCACUAGGGGCUUAUAAUAAAGGACUGUAAUCCCAUUUAGAAAGUUGACUUAUAGUACAUGGUAAAUGAUAGACACUUGAGGUAAGGUUUUUGAAGUUAUGCGAUAUUUCACAUUUACUUUUUUUUUUUUUUUUUUUUUACUUUUUUUGGCAGCAAUUUAAAUGUUGUGAACAUGUAAACUACAUAUCUUUCUAUCUUUCUAGGUAUUUUUUUUCACCUAGACUUUUCUUUUUUUCCCAAAUUGAAAAAAGUACAUACUAAACAAAGCAGCAAUAAAAUAUAAUCACUCCAUUUGAGGAAAAUACCUUGUUCUCUGCCAUUGGAUUCUUUUUUAAAAAGUAAUUCAGCAAAAUGAGGGAGGGAGAGAGGCAGAACCGUGCCCUAGUGCAAUGCUGUUGUUUUCUAAUUAAAAUAUUAAAACAUGAUUUUUUUUUCAUUUUGGCAGAAACAGAUGUUUUCUUGAUGAAAUUAUUUUUCCAUCUGAGGAAAAAAUACUAGAAAAAUAAAUCAAGGUGAUGCUGAAUAAAAGGUGCUUUUGUGUGCAAUAA